ACCUAUUUAUGUUUGUAAUUUUGUAGUUGUAACUUGUAAUAAAUAUUUUAUAAGUGUAUGAAGUGUGCAUAAAGUGUGGGGAAUUAUAAGUAGAAAUUAAUUAACAAAUCCAAAAUGAAUUCUGAAUUAAAUCCACAAGCAACCGACUUUUACGAAAGUUUAAAACUAUUAACACAGAAUGGUCUAUCAUCAAUACAAAAAGCUGUAAAAUGUGUUGCUAGUACACCAGCAGGGUCAUCUUACAAAGUGUAUCAAACAUUUGAUUCCUUUAAGAAAGUCACUGGUCUUAUUGGUGAUGAUACUAUCAAAUUAUCAAAUACAAUCUAUGGGGAUAAUAUGUCUGGAGUCUUAAAAAAUUAUAAGAUGAACAGUAAAUCAGAUGGGGAUGAUGAAAAAUUAUCGGAUGUAAAUACAAAUGUCAUUGAUUUCAUACGUUUAAGUAUGGACAAUAUUAAGAAUAGUCAAGUUUCUAAUAUUCAUAAUGCUCAAUCUGACAGUAUGGAACAUUCUUCUCAAGACACCUUUGUGCCUUGUUUAACUUUCAAAAGAAGGAGCAACAAUUUGAAUGCUGUGCAUUAUCCAACUCCUCAAGUGCAUGUUCAGAGGCCACAGUUCAAAAUACCUGUAGACAAUUCAGAGAAUUUUUGGAUCCCGAAGAUAGCUUAUAAACCUAAUGCUGAAAAACCACUAGAACUGAUGACACUCUAUAAUAAAGAUGGAGUUCCUUGCGGAAUCGAGCAUCCGUAUAAGUAUGAGUUGGAAUUAUAUCAGCCUCCAAAAUGGGCAUUGGAACCCGAUAAAGAAAGCCACAAUUUUCCGCGGAAACUUAACGAGACGCCGUUGACUUUCAUCAAUACACAAUCUCAGUUAAAUGACUUAUUAAGGCACUUGGAAACAGUUACCGAAUUUGCUGUGGACCUUGAACAUCAUUCCUACCGUUCAUAUCUUGGUAUUACUUGUUUAAUGCAGAUAACAACAAAUGGGGGAGACUUUAUAAUAGAUCCCUUUGCUGUAUCAGAGCAUAUACAUCAGCUCAACCAAGUAUUUACUAAUCCCGAAAUACUAAAGAUAUUUCACGGAGCGAAACACGACAUUGCAUGGAUGCAGCGUGAUUUGGGGCUGUAUGUUGUGGGAAUGUUUGAUACACAGAAGGCGGCCAGCAUUCUCAAUAAAUCUAGAACCACUCUGCAAUAUAUUGUGUUUGAAUACUGCCAUGUUGAACUUGAUAAAAGAUUUCAACUUGCUGAUUGGCGUGUGCGCCCCAUACCGGAGGAAAUGUUAGAAUACGCCCGUUCAGAUACUCAUUAUCUGCUCUAUGUUUGGCAUGAAAUGAAGAAGGAACUUUUGAAAGCUGGCCACGGCUCCACAGAUAAGCUCUUAGAAGUAUUCGAAAACAGCAAGGCUUUAUGCUUGAAUCGUUACGAGAAACCAGUAGUCACAGACGAGAAGAUCAUUAAAUCAUACGAGAAAACCAAGAAGACAUUUAAUGCUCGUCAACUGCAUGCGUUGAAGUAUCUUUACAAAUGGCGCGAUACGCAAGCGCGGGAGUUGGAUGAAAGUCCGGAAUAUUUGCUGCCAAGUCACAUGCUUAUGGCACUUGCUGAGAAACUUCCACGUGAUAUUCAAGGAAUCAACGCUUGCUGUAAUCCGAUGCCGCCAUUUGUCAAGCAAAAUACUAUCGAAUUACAUAAUAUUUUGAAAGCGUGCCGUGAACUGCCCGAAACUGCAUUCGCAUUUCUGGUGGAGCCCGCGAGUGCUACACCAGCACCUAAGAAGCCGAGGCUACACAGACACAAACACAUCAACUACAAAGCGAAAUUCAAUGAAAUGGUAAGGAGGUGGUACGAGUCACUGAACACUCACUAUAACCCUGCACUGUGGCCAUUCAUGGGAUUGCGUAGAAACCCCAAGAUAAAGACACGGUCCAGACAGAUGGCGAGUUCAAGGCGAAUGAGAUUCUCGGAGCCGUAUCAUCAAUUCAGGUCAUCUGGUCAAAAGCCCCGGGCCCAAAAGAGCAACAAUGGUGUAGCAUCGAUGAAAGAGAGUGGUGAGCAUGCCACCCCAUCAACGAGUAAAGCGUUUGCUGUCCCAUCUUCCAAUGAUACUGAUACAAGUGUCAAGGACUGCCACCAAUAUAUUCACGAGUAUCGUAAACCAGAACGGAAAAUGAAAAAAUGAUUAACGAAGCACCCAAGUUUAAUUAAUUAACAAACGUAAGCGUAAAUAAAAGAGUUUUCUAUUUUGGUUUGAA